UUUAACGCAUGUCCAGCGUGCGAAACUGUCCGAUCUCGCCGAGGAACAUGCACGGCGUCGUUUAUGCCGACCAGUCCCGGCUCGAACCAUGAUUCUCGCGAUCGGGCGCGACGUGUUUACGCAUUCUCGCAUCGCGACUGGCAAUCGAACGGCGCAAGAUCACCCUUUCCUUAUCGAUCACUCCGGCUUGUAACGCGGGAACGUCGAGGAGCGUGAUGCAACCGGUGCGAGAAUUCCUGCUGCGCGGCCGGAAGGUAUCAAUGACGCCUGAACAGAUUCUGCACGCCGUGCGAUUUGCAUAUCGCCUCGCUGGUGCCGCGCAAAUGCCACGCCGAACGGGCCGGUUAUUUUUCAAUUAUCGAGUCGACAAUGCGCUCGAUUCGUACGGAAAUGCCUUUGAGCGAUAAGAUAGCGAAGAAGAGGGCGAGAGCGAAAGAGAGGGGUGAGAGAGAGCGAGCGUGCCCGGGAGGGGAGGUGGAGAAAGAGAGUAAGAGAGAGCGAGUUGGUAACGCGCGACAGAAGCGAAACCACGCCGCGACCGUCCGACGAUGCGUCCGCUCAACGACACGUUUCCUCGUUAGGUAAAUUGCACGGCUCGUUACUUGGACAUCGGCGAGAUCGUUCCCGCCGUCGGUCACGGCCGCCGGUAUUGGAAUUCCAACGAUCGCGAGGAUGUCAGUCGCGGCGAUUUGAAAAGUUUCCGCGACGUGAAUGGAGCGAUAUCGGCGGUAUCGUCGCGAGAGUAACAAGAGGAAAGCGUGGCAUCAUUUACUGAGAAUCCGGACGAGAUGACAAAGCCAUGAGACGCCGGUCGACGGAUGCUCGUCACGCGCGAGAUAUCGAUAACGCGAGGACGCUGGCUGCGUGAGAGAACGUUCCCGAAGCGACAGAAUGGAGAUAGCGUCGGUGACGCUAUCCAGCCAUUGCAUGCCCCACCCUGCGCGCGAACUGUUAUAUCAAUUUCUAUUCUCUUUUUUCUUCCGUGAUGCAGUCGCAGCUACUUGGCCGAGCUCGCCGACGACCCGCGCUGUCCAUCCGAAUCGUUCCCGAUGCCGUUUUCCGGACCAUAUCGCCGCGACGAUGCUGCGGCUACGUGACGAGGAAGCCCGACGCUGUGUGACCCAGAUUGAAGGAACUCGAUGAUACUUGUCGAUAUGUUGUGGCUUAUGAUAUAUCUGUCUGGGAAACAAUUCUGGAAUCAACAUAGAUAACAAUGGAACGGACAAAAUUGUUUAUUCUCCUCAACAGCCAUAUGGAUAUUGCACAGAGAGAGAGAGAGAGAGAGAGAGAGAGAGAGAAACAAUGGGACUAUAUGUGAGCCUAAGUUCAUGCUCAUGGCAAACAAAGAAUACAGGAAUGCAAUAUCCAGAUGCAUUUAGCAAACACAAAAUAAGUGUUCAGUGCCUUUUGCAUGAACACAAUACAUGAAUCUUACGAAAAUUAAUGAUAACAUACACAUUAGUGUGUUAUGUGUGCUUAAAAACAUCAUAGUUGUAUUCUAUCUUCAUUUGGAUGUUCAUCGAGAUCAUAAAAGUCUAUUCUAAAUAGUUUUUCUACAGACUUUUCUAUGUCUUGACGUCCAACAGUAGAUUUUUGCAUAGAAGGUUCAUAGAUAUUCACUUACAUUUGGUGAGCCUUCUAACUCUGAAACUUUCACUGAUAAACUACAUAGUAAAACGAGCAUCUGAAAAAUGUAGACGUUUAUAGAUGGAGUAGAGAUGUGUAUAUCCUGAUAAAACUGGCUCAUGUUCAGGCAGAAACACGUCGUGUACCAAUACUGUGAUAAUUCAAAGACACCAGUAAUAGAUUAUCAACAGCUAAUUUGAGUUCACUCUUCAAGUGUUCAAGUGUACUCACAAUUACAUAUACAAUUAUACGAAGCAAGUCAAUUUAUCCAUCAUAUUUACAUAUCAGUAUUGUGCAAUUUCAAGGUUCUAAUAUUUUCGAAAAGAUGUAAUUUUCGAGAGACUAUAUGUCAUUGAAGGAUGCAACGUGAGAGAAGCAAAAAUAUACAACUGUGUUAACUACUACUGAUAAGUCAAUCAGAACUCAAUAUCAAUAUGCUUUUAAUAGAAAAAGGACUAUACAUAAUUUCCUAAAAAUAUCACAUCGCUGAUAGAAAUAAAUAGGAGCAAGGAUAUACAUACAAAGGAUGAUGUCAAUGCAGAGACAGUAUGUAGUUCAUCGAAGAAUAAUCAUCCAACAGAAGGAUAAACCAGCAAGAUUUAUAUUUUUCAAUACAGGAUACAUGUGAAGAAGCAGUACUGCAAAUGAACAUGGAGCAAACUGAAGAAAUUGUAUUUUAUAUGAGAAGAAGGAUUAUCUUGAGAUAACUUUUGUAAAGUAUAAGAUAUAGAUCAGUGGCUGUGUAAUUGCUUGUAAAUUGUGGUAUACUCAAAAUAUACCUAGAAGCAUUAAUCCCAAAGGUGCACUUGAAGGAAACUUGACAGGAAAAUCUAUGUCUAUGAUUCAAGUGUGAAAAUAUUAUAUAUAUAUGUAUAUACAAGAAAGAUAAGGAAAUGGGAAUCUAUCUAUUCGAACGACAAACUCAAAACUUCAAGGUGAAGUUUCAUCAGGGAGAAAAAUCGUGCUGAAAAAUUGUGAAGAAAAAGGAUAAGAGACAGAGUGCUUCGUGCGAUGUUUACGACGACAAGGAGGCCGACUCGGAGAGUGCGACGUGACAAGUGCGAUAUACCUGGCCGAAGUCAAUAAACUCCAGUGCGCUCAUGUAUGUGUGAGGCGGUGAGUGUGCGUCUACAUGUCACGUAUGUGUGUGUGUGCUUCCCGCCAUUAUCGCGCGUAUUGUAGUUCAUUCUUAACGCGCUGCUGCCAGACUCCCCUCCGUAGUGGCGCGAUGGACUCGCCCGUCGUGUUCGUUUCUCUUUCGGGGGACGGUGAUCGUCCGAUGAUUGCCGCAGCGAAAAUCGCGACCGGUCCGACGCUGGCGCGUCAUGGGAAAGUCGCGCGCCGCUUUUGGACCGCGUGAUCUGUCAAGAUACAACGGCACACAUCAUCACGGCGAGUGACUUCUCGUGCGCGCUGUGUUGUGUUUGGGUUCGGCCAUUUUCGCCUGGGGAAGGGGGGUUAGGGUGCGAGUCCGCCUGUCAGUCGUCGAUCAGGACGUCGUCGUUCACGAGGAAACGCUCCCGACGCGUUUGCGACGAACGAUCGCGUCGGCACGGCCGUCAUCGACGGCGCGACGUCUCCAGGAGCACCGUGAGAAAAUCGUCCGAAUCCUCGUCAGCCAUGUGCAUUGCGGCGCAUCGUUCAAAACGUCCUCACACCCCUGCCACGGUUGGCGAAUAGGGCGCUCGCUGCCGCGGCCACGUGACCGCGACCGGCCAAUCCGCGCCGCGGGAUUUGAAAUCGUGCGUGGUCUUUGUUCCACGGGCCUGCUGCUCGUGUCAACGUUGUGCCUCAGUUCCGUAAAGGGGGCCCCGUGUCUCGGUGUCCGUUUAUACAUGGUCGCUGCCGAAAAUCGCGCCUCCCGCCCGUAAAUGUAUAUGUGUGAAGGUGGUAGCGGCGAGGGUGAACGGUGUUUCUACGCUAGCGUCGAGUAUACGUCUACUGAAUGUUGUACGCUGAGAACUUGGCCGAUAUCAGGCCGACGAAGAUGGUGAACAUAGAUAUCUUUCGACACCUGAAGGAUGAUGGCCAGUAUUUCAACCUUGACGAAAUAUGGGAUCUACAUCGAUACCUGAGCACGGAAAUAGAUAAUCCUCCCGAUUUGAACACGUUGUUCAUGUCGUUGCAAACGCCGAGAGAUGAACCUGGCGAACUCAACGAUAGUUCCAGCGGGAACAUGGACCAACGUAGCCAGAUUAUGGAUCAACAUGAUCUCAGCGACAGCGACGCGCUGCCUUUGUUGAAUCCGAACGAGGUGAUACCGCUCGUGCUGCCUAUCGCGCCGUUGUACAAAGAAGUACAAACGAAAGGAAGUGUAAAGGAGGAGAAGCUCGAAAUCGAGGACAAUGUCGAGAACCAGGACAGCGAUAAAUCUGUAAUAGUAGACGAGCCCGUGGCGGAAAGUGAACCUGUAAUAAAAACCGAGCCGAUCGAUCCGGGUAACGAGAGUAAAGAAAGCGAGGACGAACACAGUGAUGUAAACGGCAGAUUGACGGAAGAUGAGAUGAAAGCAGCAGAGGAGGAGGACAAGAAGCUGCUGCAGGAAGAACUAAAGCAGGAGAUUAAGGAAGAGAAUGAGCAAACACAAAUAAAGCUCGAGAAUGAAGGACAAGAGGACACAGGAUUGCUGACACCUCCGGAUUUCCGAACGCCGUUGUCGUCACCGACUAAUGUCGCGGACGUUGACGUGGAUGGCUCCUCGGUCUCGUCUCUGAUGGUGUCGCCGAUCAAGCUGAUGAGAUUGUCGCAGUCGGAAUCGAGUCAGUCGCCGGAGCACGCUGUGUAUCGCAUUAAACGGGACAGGAGGAAAAAACGGGAACCGCCAAUGAUAAUCCCGCCGUAUCAGCCGCAGUCGACGCAGUCGACGAACGAAAACGAUGCUUCAUCUCAGUAUCCGAAACCUCCUUAUUCUUACUCGGUCCUCAUCAUGUUGGCCUUGAAGAAUAGUUAUCGGGGAGCUCUGCGGGUUUGCGAUAUCUACAGUUUUAUAUGCUACCAUUUUCCUUACUUCAGGACCGCGCCAGCAGGAUGGAAGAAUUCGGUGAGACACAAUCUCUCGUUAAACAACAGAUUCGAGAAGGUUGAUGACGACGAUGACGAUGAAGGUGACGGCGAGCCGAAAAACAGUACCCAAAAGAAAGGGGGUCUGUGGAGAUACGCUCCUGACAAGACCAAGAAGCUGGUUGAGACCAUGAAGAGCCGUUCGAAGAAGGACCCAGCGGGCGUCACGCUAUCCAUGUCUGAGCCCCACAUGCUUGAGCAGUUGGAACGCGGCGAGAUGAAAUUCGUGGUCGGCAAUCCCAACAUGGAGUAUAUAGAGGAGGAAAGUUAUAUGGAGAACGACGAAGAGGGGAUUAGCGACGACAAUUCCACGGAAUCUAUGCAUUCCAUGACUCUCGAAGUUGACGGACAACAGAAUAUUUUGCAUGAGGACGAAGAAGAAAUUAUAACGGAAGAGCACGUCGAAGCGCACUACCCUCUGGACAACGACCAAGAUGAGAGCCAGGAGGAAGAAAACUGUAACAACAAUCAGAUCGAGGUGUUCGGCCAAGUCCAUGCGACGAGUUUGUCGCACCAGGUGCAUUUGCAUCUUCAAGAAGUAUCACCGAUCACUCAGAAGAGAAGGAAGAUAAGCAACUGCGAGCCGGUGCAGAACACUCCGGUUGUUUUGCAGGUUCAAGAGAACACGGUUCGCCGGAGAAUCGCAGUGAGGCCAUCUGGUUCUCCGUCCGGACCACAAGCUGGACCGUCCAGACUACAAGCUGGAGCACUCGGAGCACUCGCAUCGCAACCCGUAACGACGACCCCCCAAUAUGUCAUUUUAAAUAUCGACAAAUCUUUGCUUUAGAUCAUUGUAUCAGUAGCAUAUAAUUGUUUCUUGUAGAUUAUACAUAAAGUGUCUCAUCGCUACCGCGACAUUUGUUAACGCACAUUCCUGACGACACUUUGAAAUGAAGGUCUCAGUACAAAAAUUGUUGAGGCUAGUAGUUCUUUUUACUUAAGUAGUAGGCGUUUAAAGAUGACCAAUCAGGUUGACACAAAAUUUGCGUGCUCACAUGCGGUGAAUCUCGUGUUGGCAAUGGCGUCUUAGAGCCACAAAUAUUAUUGUAACAGUAUAACAUAAUUAUAAUUGGUAAUGGCGAGACACUCUGUGUAUAUGUGUCAAUACACUGUAUGUGUGUUACAAUACAACACAUAUAUUUUUGUAAUUUUUUGACAGAUUUAAUCUUUUUCUUUACAUAUUAAGUAUGUAUAAUGUACAUAUCUCCUUUGUACUUUAUGUGUGUAUACACAUAGGCAUAAACACAUACGCAUACACACAGAAUUUGUAUAUACAUAUAGAAGCAGUGUCCUAUAUUUUAAUGAAAAAACAGCCGAAUAUGUUGCAAAAAUACUAGAUAUAUUCAGCUGUUUUAUAUUUAUAUUUAUAUGUAUAAGUGAUACAGGCAAUAUGUGGGCGCGCGUACAUAUUAUAUUUAUAUAAUUUUUUUAAAUAUAAUAGUUGAAAUAUUGAAGGCUUGCAAAAAUCUACUAGAUUUGCAGCCAUGUGUGUUUUACUAAUAGCAAUGAAACACAUGUACAUGCAUGGUCAAUUUAAAUAUUCAUCAUUAUUAUGUAUUACUUUCUGACACUUUUCAGAUAACUAUCAAAUGAAUAUUUGCAAAUUAUCUGGGGUACUUUUUGAGCCAGUAAAAUGAUCGAUAAUUCGAGGAACUAUUGCAAAUCCCUAAUGAAAAAAUAGAUUUUACAGUCUUACAGAUGUAUAGUUUUAUAGCUUAAUUUUUAUAUAUCAGCGGUUAAAAAGUCUGAGAAGUGAUUCUAAAGACAUGCACGAACAUACUAAUUCGUCGUUACGGAUUAAUAUUUUCUGCAAAAGUUUAACGUUCAGAAUGAAAGAAUGGCCAGUCACUUUCCAGAUUUUUUCUCUUUUUAGUACAAAGACUAUUUUGAGAUGACGCGGGACCAGACUUAUACGAGCAAUUUAAUUUGAAGUAUUAUUUAAUAUUGUUGUAAAUAUUAAAUACAGUAUUGAGUUGUAUAUAUUAUCGUACAUAGAAUAGUAUUUUUUUAAUAAACGUAGCUCCUAAAGUGUGAUGCUCGAAAAUAGAAAACAUGUGCGGAAAGAUUUGCGAGCUACACAAUGAACAACAUUUGUAAGUUGAUAGAAAAAAAAAAGAAAUAGAACUCCUUGAAACAAUUCAAUAAUAAAAAAGGGGCUUAUUGAAGUUCAACGCAGGUAAUUUAGUGCAGUAAAACUAAUAAGAUUAAUAUAUGUUCUCAGUGAAAGGAAAAUUAAAUUUAUUGAUAAUACACAAUCAUAGUGAUUUUGAUGAAUCCCUUAAAAACCAUCGUUUUUACGUACCUAAAUAAAUUAUCGAUGCGAUGAUUUGCUAGGAUUAUGUCCAUUUUAAAAGUGUGCAAAGGUUUAUCGUUUUUUUCGAAACUAGCAUUCACGAUGUACACUCGUGUGUAACGAAACUUACACAUUUUUAAAAUGAACAUAAUCCUAGCAAAUUAUCGCAUCGACAAUUUAUUUGGGUACGUAAAACGAUGGUUUUUAGGGGAUUUAUCAAAAUCAUUAUGAUUGUUGAUUAUCAAUAAAUUUAAUUUUCCUCUCACUGAGGACACAUACUAAUCUUAUUAGUUUUACUGCGCUAAAUCACCUGCGUUGAACUUCAAUAGGCCCCUUUUUUAUUUUUGAUUUGUAAAUUGAUUGACAUACCUACGUACCUGGUGAAUCGUCGAUAAAUCCAUAGAUAAGUGCUUCUACAAAUGUGUAAAUGAAUUCAAACGAACAGACGUGUGCUUUGUAUAAAUUUUUUAUUUAUGAUUAUAUAUAUAUAUAUAUAUAUAUAUAUAUAUAUAUAUAUAUAUAUAUAUAUGUAUGUAUGUAUGUAUACUUUAAAGGAAUUUUUAUAUCACAAUCGCAUAAGUAAAUGUAUGCAAGACAUGUAUGUAAUACAGCGGUGGAAUUAUUCUCAUUCUAUCAAUGACACAGAGUAAAUGAAUUAUUAAAUGCAAAACAAGUAUGAAGCUUGCAACUUAUCACUGCCAAGAGCGGCCAAAGAUAGAAUAUGGUGAAACAUUAAUGAGAGUCCACGAUAAAUAUGGACCUAUAUCUCGUUGGAAAAAAUUUCAUAAAAAUUCUUGGUGAGUUUUUAGAUAAAAAACAAAAUAGUAUAAUAAAUAAAAAUCAAUGGCGUGUAUGUGAGAAAAAGAGAGAAGGAAUGCCAAGUACCGUUCGAGAGCGUUUUUAUUCCACGUAAUGAGUGAGACCAAGCUCUGACGCUUAUAAUGUUUGCAUUUCAAUAAUUGACGAAUGAAUAGAUGACACCGAGUGAGAGAACGGUGGUAGCGUCUGUGUAGUAAUAUUUAAUUUUAGUAAUGUAAAUUUUGUACCUGUUUGUAACAUUUGUAAAUGAUUAAUACCGACAAAUUGUGUCACGUACGUAUGUAGACGUGCAACAUUAACGUAUAAAGCAUAAUGGCAAUUGUAUACGUGCAAUGACCGCGAUUUUCAGUAAUAAAAUGUCAACAGACAUAUAUUUUA